AUGGCAGAGGAGGCGCAGCGGAUUUUGGAUUCCAUUGCAAAUAAACCAUAUUUGAAUCUUAACCAAAAAGAGGAGGGAUAUGAAGUCCCGGCAAAAUUCCUGGUUCAUUAUUCUAUGGAAAGAUGCAGGAAGCAAAAAUUACUGUGCAGCCAGCUGCGUAUUCUGCGUUUUCUGCUCGAGUUCCUGCAAGAAGCCAGCACUGUUAGCUGGGAAGAUACCAAUCCUGAACUGCUAAGCCAAGAGGAAGAGAAGGUGAGACAGAAAUGGAAAGGGCUUAAAUUGGAGUACCAGAAUAAGGUGGAGGAGGUGGAGGAACUUCUACCCCACCUGCUUGAGAAGAUUCAGCUUCUUCAGGAGAAAAAGACCCAACUAGAGGACAGCUUUCAAAGGUAUCAGUGCAAGGAAAGAUGCAGGAAGCAAAAAUUACUGUGCAGCCAGCUGCGUAUUCUGCGUUUUCUGCUCGAGUUCCUGCAAGAAGCCAGCACUGUUAGCUGGGAAGAUACCAAUCCUGAACUGCUAAGCCAAGAGGAAGAGAAGGUGAGACAGAAAUGGAAAGGGCUUAAAUUGGAGUACCAGAAUAAGGUGGAGGAGGUGGAGGAACUUCUACCCCACCUGCUUGAGAAGAUUCAGCUUCUUCAGGAGAAAAAGACCCAACUAGAGGACAGCUUUCAAAGGUAUCAGUGCAAGAGAACAAUUAAAGAAAACCAGGCUAAGCAGGAGCUGGAUGAAGCACUAAAGAAGCAGCAGCAGGCGGUACAGAAAUGUCAGGACCAUAUUCAGCUGCUAAAGGUCGAGGUGGAGAAACUGGAGCAAUCGGUGGAUAGCUGGAUUCGAGCUGUGGACAAGGAUUCUACACACCUUGAUCUCCUGAACACUCUGCAGGGAAUGUCAGUAGUGUCUGUUGGGGACAAGGAGCUGGUUCUAGAUUUGUAUGCUGGAGAAACAACGGCCGUUACCCCUUUGAGGGUUAACGUACACUUGACAUCAGAAGGACAAUUUCACAUGAAGACUGAAGACUCCAUGCCUGGCCUACCCUCGGAGCUACAGCGUGGGGACACCUCUCAUAUCACAUCUGUUAUCAUGGAGUUGCAAUGUUGGCAUAGAAGCCAUGGCCAACUCCUGGCAGAGAUGAGAGAUUUGCAGGACAGGUUUGCCAUUGACUGGCUCCCAGUAGAACGGCAGAUCCUCCUACUGAAGGGCAGCACUCGGUACACUUUACAUGUGGAGCCCGGUUAUCCUCAGAGUGGAAGAGUCAAUUUGUUAUCUGUCAAGGGAUUGGAGACAGGUCCUCUUUCCAGUCAUUUCAAGCCUCCGGGUUAUGGGCGGUUCCUGGUUGUUCUCGCAUACUAUGCAGGGCUAAUCAUACUUGAUAACGUCGCCGUGCAACUCACGGCUGGGAGCCCCUCAGAGAAGAGGCUUUGGGGACUGUUCACACAGAUGGAGGUCACCUGCCAGAGUAGGGAAUAG